AUGUCUCAACCCCUGUGUGCACCAAACCCCAUCAGAACUACUGCUGUAGGAGCAAAGGAGGAGCACCAAACCCCAUCAGAACUACUGCUGCAGGAGCAAAGGAGGAGCACCAAACCCCAUCAGAACUACUGCUGCAGGAGCAAAGGAGGAGCACCAAACCCCAUCAGAACUACUGCUGCAGGAGCAAAGGAGGAGCACCAAACCCCAUCAGAACUACUGCUGCAGGAGCAAAGUUUGGGGGUUGUAGCUCUGGAGCCACGGACACAGUCACAGCUGUUGGACUCAGCACAGGACUAUUUCUGUGAUCUCUCUCUGGAUCCAAACACAGUGAACGGAAACCUCAAACUGUCUGACAACAACAAGAAGGUGACACGUGUGACAGAGAAGCAGCCAUAUCCAGAUCAUCGGGACAUAUUUAACAUCUGGUCUCAGAUUCUGUGUUCCACUGGUCUGACUGGUCGCUGUUACUGGGAGGUCCAGUGGAGUGAAAGGGUUUCUAUAUCAGUGUCUUACAGAACAGUCAGAUGGAAAGGAGUCGGUUUUGACAGUUUAUUUGGACAGAAUGAUCAGUCCUGGAGUCUGGAGUGUUCUGAAGGUGGUUUCUAUGUUUGUCAUAAUAAGAAACAAACCCUCCUCCCUCAGCCCCGCUCCUCUUCUGGGAGAGUAGCAGUGUUUGUGGACUGUCCUGCUGGCUCUCUGUCCUUUUACACAGUCUCCUCUGACCAGCUGACCCACCUCCACACCUUCACCACCACAUUCACUCACACUCUGAUCACUGGGUUUAGACUCUGGUCUGAAGACUCCUCAGUGUCUCUGUGUGCUCCGACAGACUCACUCUCCUCGUUGUAAAACAGUCUGACAUUUUUCAUCCAUUUUUACAUCGUUGAACAAAAAAAGUGAUGUUAAUAGUGGAGUUUGACAGGAAUAGAGUGCAGACAUGAGCCUCACUUCAGCAUCUGGAUGAAGAUAAUUGGAUCAUUUCAUGCCAAAUCUCCAAAAGCCCCACUUGACUACCUCAGAUUGACUGAAAAAAUUCUAGGAGGUUC